CCUGGAGGUCCCACAAGCAUACCUCCGCCAGAAUAUAUGACUGGCAGAGUCACGCCUUCAAGGGCCUCAUCAAGGGGCUCGUCAAGGCGCCGAACCAGCGAUGCCGUCGAUCGUGCAACAGCUCUUAGCCCUGCACACCGGAUGCCUCGCUCCUCUCCGAGCGCAGACACAAUGAAGUCCGUUGGUCAGCAGCGUUCAGCCAGUGUGCAAAGCCAACGUUCUUUGAACAACAUCGCGAGGCUCAGGUCUCCAGAUUAUGAACGUCCCUCAAGCGCUUUGAGCAGUCAUUCCUCGCAGUCUUUGCGACGGAUAGAUCGACAAACGUCAGGUGAUCUGAGGUCCGCUUCAAGGCUUGGCGAGGCCAGUGCGCAGGACGCUAAGAAUGCGCAACCCACCCUCCCGAGCACUGAUGCAGCUGGGACCACAGCAGUCAUCGCAGGCACGCCGAACUACGAUCCGGUCCGUGGUGAAGGCAAAGUUCGCCGGUCCAGUAUGGCGGAAACCUUCGAAGCAUGGGGCGAGGCUCAGGGCUCGUCCGUGUCGCCCUCGCGCCCUCCAAGCGUGCGCAAACGACAAAGCUACCCAACAUCAGCGCCAAGUUGACGAGCAGGUGGUACAAGAAGAGAUUGAAGCACGUGACCGCGAGAUUUACAAGAGGGACAUUGACAUUGCGCAACUCAAGGAUACGCUCAAGCGACUACAGGAAGAGAUUGCACGCCUGAAAGAACUCAACAACUCACUGACAGAAACCAAUCGCAAUCUCACCAACGAUGCCAACACACGGUACGCCCAGCUUCAAGCAGAGAACCGCAGUCUCAUUGAAGAGGCGAAUGCACGAUACGCGCAAAUGGAGGCCGAAAAGCAGGCCUUGAUCAGUGAAGCUAAUGAAAAGUAUGGAAACCUUCAAUCUGAAGGGCAGAUGGUUCACGAGCAAUGGCAAACCUCGCAACGAGAAUUGGAACAGCUCCGCCUGCAGCACACCAGAAUGCAGGAAGGGUUGGCGGAAGCAGUCCGCGACGAGAUUGGGGAGGCGCUUGACCAGCGCAAGGCUGAGAUUGAUCGCCUGACGGCAGAGCUUGACGCCGCACGCGAGGAAAUCAAGACGCUGCAGAAGGAGAUUCUGGCUGCCAAGAAGCCCAGCGAGAGUUUCCUCACUGUUCGCGAUGAGGAUUACUUUGACAGCGCAUGUCAGCAGCUGUGCCAGCAUGUGCAGCAGUGGGUGCUGCGAUUCUCAAAGUUCUCCGACACUCGCGCAUGUCGUCUAUCGUCGGAGAUUCAAGCCGAUACCAGGCUAGACCAGGCGACUCGUAAGAAGAUCGACACCCGUCUAGACAAUGCCGUCCUCGAUGGUUCGGAUGUGGACGCACUACUUUCGGAUCGUGUCAGGCGACGAGACGUCUUCAUGUCAGUUACCAUGACUAUGAUCUGGGAGUACGUGUUCACCAGGUACCUGUUUGGUAUGGACAGGGAGCAACGACAGAAGCUCAAGGGGCUGGAGAAGACGCUAUCAGAAGUCGGUCCACCACGCGCUGUAGCCCAGUGGCGAGCUAUCACCCUUACCCUGCUCUCGAGGAGGGAGCCAUUUGUGAAGCAGCGCGCUCAAGACACGGAGGCCGUUGUACAUGAGAUUUACAGCACGCUCACGACACUUCUUCCGCCACCGUCAAAUAUGCAAAAGCAGAUUCAAGAGUCUCUCCGCAACGUCAUGCGCUUAGCUGUUGACUUGUCGAUUGAGAUGCGCACCCAGCGCGCAGAGUACAUUAUGCUACCGCCGCUGCAGCCAGAGUACGACACCAACGGUGACCUCGUUGCGAAGGUCACGUUCAAUGCCUCGCUCAUGAACGAACGAUCAGGCGAGACGACACCAAAGGACGAACUCCAAGCGCGCGGUGCGAUUGUCAAGAUUGUACUGUUCCCUCUCGUCGUCAAGAAGGGUGAUGAUUUUGGCGAGGGUGAAGACGAGAUUGUGGUGUGUCCUGCCCAAGUACUAGUACAAGGGUCGAGGACUAAGAAGAUGGCAAGGGUGGCGAGCGGUGCCAUGUCCAUUAAUCGUCCGGAUUCGAGAGGAAGUCGGAUCAGCCGCGUCACUAGUGUCGCUCCGCCUGAGAGCACCAUCAUGGACUAUGAGAAGCCGGGAAGUGACAUGUUUUAGAUGCGCGGCAGAUGAUUUUUUUGUUAUGAUUUUCUUUUCCGUUGUCACCCCAUUGCAUGCGUAUGGACUUUUUGGAUUUGGCGUUUGGCAUGUUACCCAUUACCCUUUGAAUGACUUUUCCUUAUGUUUGGAUUUCUGGAUUUUGGAUGAUCGAGUUUUAUACCAGUAUUGUUUUGAGCGGAUGUGUACGUCUAGUGAUUGUAGGUUAUAUCCAGAGCUUGAGAAAACGGCAGAUAAUGAUCAUUCUUCAACUUCAUCCUGAUAUCCUUACCCGUACU